UCUGCUAUUCUUACUUUCAUUAGUAAAUUGAGACCCGACUGAGUAAAAAAUAGUUGUGUUGUUGUUUUUUAUGUCUGCAUCGGCCCUGUGUCCAAGAUAUGGUAGCUGGAGCAGUCGACACAUCACGCGCGUCGCUGGGAGUUCCCUUGUCCCCUAUAGCACGCCCCUCCGUCUUUCCUCCGCGCCUUCCCGGUCGUGCCUCCCAUCUAUUCUCUCGCGCCAUCUCCCGGGGAAAAGAAGCUGAGGGGCGGUGGCGGCGUCGGUGUAACGUUGCUUCGCUGGCCUGUAACCUCAAUGGUCCACAUCUAGACUGAAGACUGACAGUUGGACCCGACAGGACAGGAUUGCAUUCCAUUACCAUGACCACAGAAAAGGGAUUGCCCAUGGAGAUGAAGAGUACCAUGGAGGGUGAUGUCAGGAGGACCAAUCAGGAUCAUGACAGUAAGACGUCAGAUGACCAUCAUGGGGACAUGGAUGACAGCUCAGAGAAGACCCCCAGCAAAGCAUCAAAAUCCCCCCAGAAAUCUUCCAAACGCCCCAAAACCGUUCCUGUCAAAAUCUCCCUACUUGACGGCUCAGAGUAUGAAACUGGAGUAGAGAAAUUUGCCAGGGGGCAGUCCGUGCUGGACAUGGUGUGUGGCCAUCUGAACCUGCUGGAGAGGGACUACUUUGGCCUGACGUUCUAUGACACAGACAACACCAAGAAUUGGCUGGACCCGUCAAAGGAGAUCAAGAAGCAAAUCCGAAUUGGCUCAUGGCAUUUCGGCUUUGCUGUCAAGUUUUAUCCCCCUGACCCAUCUCAGCUCACUGAAGACAUCACCAGGUACUACCUGUGUCUACAGCUGAGGGACGACAUGCUGUCUUGGCGUCUGCCCUGCUCCUUCGGGACCUACGCCCUGCUAGGUUCUUACACGGUGCAGGCGGAGCUGGGUGACUAUGAGCCAGAGGAACACGGGCCCGACUACAUCAGUGACUUCCGUUUCGCCCCCAACCAGACGAGGGAGCUAGAGGAGAGGGUGAUGGAGCUUCACCGCAACUACAGGGGAAUGAGUCCAGCGGAGGCAGAGGUGAACUUUCUAGAAAAUGCCAAGAAGCUUUCCAUGUAUGGUGUAGACCUGCAUCACGCCAAGGAUUCAGAGGGCAUUGACAUCAUGCUUGGCGUCAGCGCCAACGGACUACUCAUCUACCGUGACCGUCUGAGGAUCAACCGCUUCGCCUGGCCGAAGAUCCUCAAAAUCUCCUACAAGAGGAGCAACUUCUACAUCAAAAUACGCCCCGGGGAGUAUGAACAGUUUGAGAGCACCAUCGGCUUCAAGCUGCCCAACCACCGGGCUUCCAAACGCCUGUGGAAGGUCUGCAUUGAACACCACACCUUCUUCAGGUUGGUGUCUCCAGAGCCCCCUCCCAAGGGCUUCCUGGUGAUUGGCUCCAAAUUCCGCUACAGUGGGCGGACCCAGGCCCAGUCGCGUCAGGCCAGUGUGCUGAUCGACCGGCCAGCUCCACAGUUUGACCGUUCGGUUAGCAAGAGGUACCUGCUGCCCCGCAGUGUGGACGGAGCCUCAGCCCUGGGAGACAGCAUGGACCAGCUGUCCCAGCGCAGCUCCAGUGAUCACACCCAGUUCCUGUCCAGAGAAGACCUGGAACAAGAGGGCAGUCUGGACCUAGACCAGGAUCAGGAUUACCAGGAACAAGACCAGGAGUAUCAGGAUCAGGACGAGGAGACUGAUGGUUUUGCCGCGUCCGCCAAGACCAUGGAGCUGAAGGGUGAGGAGGCAGGCUCGCCAGUAGACUCAAAGCUUGAGCAGCAGUUCCUGGACAAGCCCGAGGAUGUCCUGCAGAAGCACCAGGCCAGCAUCAACGAACUAAAGAGAGCUCUCAGGGAGCCCAACAGCAAGCUGUCACAGAGGGAGAAACGCUUGUCCACAGCCACGCCCCCUGGAGGCACCCCAGAGAGGAAACAGGAGACCCCUCCUACACCUGCCAUUCAUGAGGAGCCUUUUGACGAAGCCAUGAGGGAACCGUGGGAGCGGCGGUUGGGCUCAGUGUCAGAGGACGACCAAGACCACGAGACCCUGUACCUGAAGGAAACCCACCUGGGCAUUGAGCGCAAGUGCUCCAGCAUCACAGUCAGCUCUACGUCCAGCCUGGAGGCCGAGGUGGACUUCACUGUCCUCAUGGACCUCCAUACGGGCAUGGAGGAGUUCUCCAGGGGCAUGAUGGAGCUGGGCGAGAGGCCCAUGUCACCUGACGUGGGCCUCAGCCUGAGUAUCGACCUGCAGGGAACCCCGCCACCUCUCGUCUCGGCUCCUCUCACCGGGGCUAGCAGCAGCCCUCCUACCAAGCAGCUACACACCGAAGACGUCCGACAUAAUGAGCCUGUUGUGCCCAGAAAACCAAAGAGGUCAGUUCCCAUCGACAGAGACCAGUCACAGAAAGAGACCACUUACUCAUCCCCCAUGACAGCGCUGAGCAGAGAGGCUAGUGACGUCGUCGCCUCCCAUGCACUAAGGAAGACUGAGGUCAAGAUCGACAGAGACCAGUCACAAAAAGAGACCACUUACGUGUCCCCCAUGACAGCGCUGAGCAGGGAGGCUAGUGAUGUCGUCGCCUCCCAUGCACUAAGGAAGACUGAGGUCAAGAUCGACAGAGACCAGUCACAAAAAGAGACCACUUACGUGUCCCCCAUGACAGCACUGAGCAGAGAGGCUAGUGAUGUCGUCGCCUCCCAUGCACUGAGGAAGACUGAGGUCAAGGUCGACAGAGACCAGACAGUGAGAGAGACCAUUUACGUGUCCCCCAUGACAGCACUGAGCAGAGAGGCUAGUGAUGUCGUCGCCUCCCAUGCACUGAGGAAGACUGAGGUCAAGGUCGACAGAGACCAGACAGUCAGAGAGACCACUUACGUGUCCCCCAUGACAGCUCUGAGCAGAGAGGCUAGUUGUGUUGUCGCCAGCCACGCAUUGAGGAAGACCGAUGUCAAGGUCGAGACACAGCCCAAUGGGUCAGAGGUCACUACAACCAUCGUGGAGUUUACAGAUCAGGAUCAUGGUGUGACUGUAAGCAGUAUAGGCGAGACUUCUUAUUCAACAACAGAAGGUGUUUCCCCUGUGCACAUGUGUACGUUGGGAAGAGAGGCCUCUGGAUCUCCAAUACUUGUUACUGAGAAUGUUACCUCUGCAACCACGCAUGUCACCAAGACGGUGAAAGGGGGCUAUUCAGAGACCAGAAUUGAGAAGAGGAUCAUAAUCACAGGAGAUGAUGAUGUUGACCAGGAGCAGGCCCUCGCUAUUGCGAUUCAGGAAGCCAAGCAACAGCAUCCGGACAUGUUGGUCACCAAGGCAGUAGUUGUCAAGGAAACAGAAUCGUCCACUGAGGAUCCACAUGGGACAUCUUAGUCCUGAUUCCUGGGACAUGAGCGCCCCCCUCAGGAGCAGACCUGUUGGUGCCUGAGCUACCUGAGACAACCACACUGCUGUACCACCCUGACCACUGCUAGUGGGGCUCCGACACACACGUUUCAAUCCCUCACCCUUACUACUCUUGCCCACUGGGCCAACCCAUAUACUUCCCUGUUGUCUACCAUAGUAACAGGACUCAUUUAAAUCCAACCCUUUAUUUAUGAACCUUUGCUCUGGUGGUGAUAUGGUGAAAUAUAGCCUCUUAGAAUCUGAGAGUGAAACUUACAUACUCGUCUCUAGCAUGUUGGCUCAGCAUUCCCGAACAAUCACAUUACAAGUAAAAAUGUUGAAAACACUUCAACUCACUUUACCUGUUGUCCAAUUAUUAUUUUUCCUAUGUCGGAGGUAAUCUGAUACAACAUAUCCAUAGGGGAACGUUAUCAACCUGACCUUCAGUAUGCUGGUCUGUAUAUUUCCGGUUUGUAUUUUCAAUACUGACUCAAUUUGCACGAGACAAACACUUAAACAAUUUGUCUGAACCUAAUCACAGACCGAACGGCAAACACUUCCAGCUGAUUACGAGGAAACGUGCUUCCGUUGACACAUUGGUUACAUUCGGCUAUUAUUUACAUAUUGUGCAUCACGUGAAAUGCAUCACAUGAUUGAAAAUACUCACCGGAAUUACAAGCCGACAUAGCCAUAUACCUACCGGCGCCCCAGAAAGUUGGGCUAAUAGUACUUUCCUGUGGCCAUUUUAUCUCCACUUCCAACCGCCAAAAAGACAACCGGUAAAGUAUGUUUAAAUAUAAUUUUAUUCAACAUUCUGUCUGGUAGAGACUAUUGCGUCUUUUUUACAGCGACUUCUUUCAGACUGAUAGCCAUGGAGUAACCAUGGUAACAGCCUGAUAUUUAGACAAGGUGAAAUACAGACAUGGAUGGCUAGAUAUGGAAAUGUCAUAAAUGAUGGCAGUCUUGGUACUAAGAAAUAACAGGUUGAAUGACAAAAUAAUGCCAGAAUUCCUUGUUUCUCUGCUGGAAAGUUUCUGUCUACACCUAGUACACUUGUCUGCACUGGUCUCAACACUCAAGCCAAACAACUGGGUUUUGACUAGAUAGGUUAGGAUAAUUAAUGUAGCAGGUUAGGAUAAUUAGGCUAAGGUUAGGGUUAGGGUUAGCUAAAAUGCACAUAAUAAAACUUGUCCCCAGGCUCGAAUUUCUGGAACAUAGAGCCUGGCAACAGUGUGGGACUGUGAAGGGGUGUAGAUUUACUGAGUGACAUGAUAAUCAAUUCAAAUUCUGAGCAAAUCACACGACUAUGAGAUGUGGUUCCAAAUCGAGGGGGGAAAAGUAUUUGUUAUGGUGCACCAUGGAAAUAACUCAUAUAACCCAUAACCCAGGUAGUAGGAACAUAUCGACGUUCAUGCUAACAGCUAGCCAUAGCUUUGUUACACACAAACACAAAAACAAUACUGUCCCCCCGAAUGCAGCACACUUACGGGGAGUUUCUAAGGGUUGCACUAAAUGGUGAUGGACUGAGAGAUCAGCCAAUUAAAACCAGUGGUUGUUUCUCCGCUCCUGCCAUAGGCUUCCAGUCAAGUCCUUUUCUGAGGUGCUCGGAAACAAGACGGUUCGACAGAGAGCAAGCCAGCUGGUGGGCGAGAUUAAUUUGAUAUAAGCUGUAUCCUAUCUAGACCACCAAACUGUUCUCAGCUUGCCUCUGCAAAGUAUCCUCUAAGGAAAUUAAAUGGGAAGGUUUUUGCCUGAAUGUCAAGUGGAUCCAAAUCUUAGGAGCUGUUGUCUCUUUGAUGUGCUCAUCCCAUCAUAUCACUUUAAAGUCUCACUGCCGUCACAACGCACACCAAUGCCACACUUGUAGUGCAGGACAUUUUUAUUACAAGGGUACUUAGUAUGAGAUAAUCUGGCAGACUAUAGGACUACAAUGUGGUCCAACGUCCUACUAAGUAAAUUCCACCCACCAUUCUAGACCUCAGAUCCAACUCUAAUGCCUACUGAGGCCUAGAUUAAAUCUGGACAGCAGAAAAUCGACACUAAAGCACAAUUGAAAUUUAAAGGCAAUGUUCCCGGAUUCGCUGAGACUACAUUAUCUGUAAACGCUGCAAACAGUAUGUCGGCUCAAUUGUAAAUUACCUUUAUAUUUUAAUUGCGCUAUAAUGCGGAUCUUGAUUAAAUCUAGAGUGUGCUUACAUAUCUACGUAGUUUGUCAAGAGAAAAAAAACGUGUAUCCAUUAGUUGUAGGUCCAGUACUGUUGACGUGCAUGCAGUAAAGCAGGUUUUCAUGAACAGGAAAACCUUCCCUUAGUUUUAUAUACUCGCUAAACCAGCAAAGUCCAUAACUGUGCUUUGGCCCAUUUCUGUAACAGUGAGAAUGGUUAUGGGAAUGCCAGAGGAUACACAGAUUGCAGGAGAUUUGAGAACAGUAGGCUACUCUGCACCAGCGAGGUCCGUAAAUCGCGGCGCUGGUUUGGUGGCACUAACUCGACGAUGCCAAAUGUGCCAGAGUAGAGAAAGGGGCACCACAGCUAACACAGAAAGGUCCAAAUUGAACUUUUCUUCCUGCAAUGGCGCAUCCUCACCAUCAUACAACAGAGGAGAAGAGCUGUUGAAACUCUCUCGGAUAAAUAAUCUUUCUCAAGAUAUCUUGCUUUUUCUUUAACCCACAAUUCGGGCAUUUGGCUGACAUCUUGGCAGACCCUACCUUGAACUCUUGCAAUUGGGUAUUUUUGUUUUAAGAACACAAUUGACGUUACUGUAUUAUGAUGAUGGUUUACUUGUUAUUGAAGUUGAUCUGUGUAGACAUUUGGAUGUAUAUAAAUGGAGUGCUUAUGAACCUCUGAUCAAUAGAAUGUGCCUGUUGGGUAUUUAUAAAAAUUGUGAAAGUAUAAAUUCUGAGCAUGUUACUGUUCUAAAAUGAUCCAAGGUCAGGUCCCCUUCCAACCGUUAGAGAUACAGUCACUUUCUGCUGUUAUACUGUGGCUAUCUACAGUAGGAUAUAUUAAGAGAUUCACAUUAGAACCUUAUUAAGUAUGCCAAAUGAGCUACCUUUUAAAUGAAACUAGUAUUUUAGAUAAUGUUUGCAUGAUACAGACAUUCAUUAUGAAAUUAAAUUAAACCACUAGAAUACCUACUGUAUAGAUACAAUGUUAUAGUAUUAUGCAAAGUAGAAGAGACCUUAAGGCAGUAUGAAAUAUCACAGUAGCUAGCUACAGUUGAAGUCAGAAGUUUACAUAAUGACACUUAGGAGUCAUUAACUUGUUUUUCAACCACUCAACAAAUGUAUUGUUAACAAACUAUAGUUUUGGCAAGUCGGUUAGGACAUCUACUUUGUGCAUGACACAAGUAGUUUUUCCAACAAUUGUUUACAGACAGAUUAUUUCACUUAUAAUUCACUGUAUCACAAUUCCAGUGGGUCAGAAGUUUACAUACACUAUGUUGACUGUGCCUUUAAACAGCUUGGAAAAUUCCAGAAAAUUAUGUCAUGGCUUUAGAAGCUUCUGAUAGGUUAAUUGACAUCAUUUGAGUCAAUUGGAGGUGUACCUGUGGAUGUAUUUCAAGCCCUACCUUCAAACUCAGUGCCUUUUUGCAAGACAUCAUGGGGAAAUCAAAAUAAAACAGCCAAGACCUCAGAAAAUAAAUUGUAGACCUCCACAAGUCUGGUUCAUCCUUGGGAGCAAUUUCCAAACGCCUGACGUUACCACGUUCAUCUGUACAAACAAUAGUAUGCAGGUAUAAACACCAUGGGACCACGCAGCCUUCAUAACGCUCAGGAAGGAGACGCGUUCUGUCUCUUAGAGAUGAACGUACUUUGGUGCGAAAAGUGCAAAUCAACCCCAGAACAACAGCAAAGGACCUUGUGAAGAUGCUGGAGAAAACAGGUACAAAAGUAUCUAUAUCCACAGUAAAACGAGUCCUAUAUCGACAAACCCUGAAAGGCCACUCAGCAAGGAAGAUGCCACUGCUCCAAAACCACCAUAAAAAAGCCAGACUACAGUCUGCACAUGGGGACAAAGAUUGUACUUUUUGAGAAGUGUCCUCUGGUCUGAUGAAACAAAAAUAUAACUGGCCAUAAUGACCAUCGUCAUGUUUGGAGGAAAAAGGGGGCGGCUGGCAAGAUGAAGAACACCGUCCCAACCGUGAAGCACGGGGGUGGCAGCAUCAUGUUGUAGGGGUGCUUUGCUGCAGGAGGGACUGGUGAACUUCACAAAAUUGAUGGCAACAUGAGGAAGGACAAUUGUGUGGAUAUAUUGAAGCAACAUCUCAAGACAUCAGUCAGGAAGUUAAAGCUUGGACUUUCCAAAUGGACAACGACCCCAAGCAUACUUCCAAAGUUGUGGCAAAAUGGCUUAAGGACAACAAAGUCGAGGUGUUGGAGUAGCCAUCAAAGCCCUGACCUCAAUCCCAUAAAAAGAUUGUGGGCAGAACUGAAAAAGCAUGUGCGAACAAGGAGGCCUACAAACCUGACUCAGUUACAUCAGCUCUGUCAGGAGGAAUUGGCCAACAUUCACCCAACCUAAUGUGGGAAGUUUGUGGAAGGCUACCUGACACCUUUCACCCAAGUUAAACAAUUUAAAGGCAAUGCUGCCAAAUACUAAUUGAAUGUAUGUAAACUUCUGACCCUCUGGGCAUGUGAUGAAAGAAAAAAACGCUGAAAUAAAUCACUCUAUGCUAUUAUUCUGACAUUUCACAUUCUUAAAAUAAAGUGGUGGUCCUAACUGACCUAAGACAGACAUUUUUACUAGGAUUAAAUGUCAGGAAUUGUGAAACUGAGUUAAAAUGUAUUUGGCUAAGGUGUAUGUAAACUUCCGACUUCAACUGUACAUCAGUAAAUGUCCCACAUAGGUUAUGGCUGGGAUUCAAUCCGAGGCACGUUGUAGAGCGAUGUUGACAAUGCGCCCAUUAAAACUAAAAUUCUUAAUGGUGAAACUGCCACAACAAAUAAGUUACUGCAAACAGACACAGUUUUUUUCCCAUGACGUCAUUGCACACACACGAUACAACAGUGGCAUACUAUAUGUACUGCAUUUGUUUUUCUUGAUGCAUGACGCUCCCCACCUCUGCUUCGUCGACAAAACAAAAACAAUAACAACAGCCGUGGGGUGGACAGUGGCGCUGUUUCCCCCUAUUGUGUAUUCGAUCUUUAAAGGCAACGUUCCCGAGGAGACCUCAUUGACUGUAGCUGCUGAAAAUGUCUGCUCAAUUGGAAAUGACCUUGAAAUGUCAUGAGUUCCACAAUGCGCCUCAGAUUGAAUCCCGGCCUAGAUGUCAGUGAAAUGAAAUGUCUGCAUUAUGUCUGUUCUAACUGUAGACUCCAUCUACAGGAAAUGAAACUCUGUAACAGGAAAAAGGAAAUGGAAGGUAUUAUUAGCAUACAGUGUUUUCAAUUCAGAAUGGGGGGAUAAAGAUAACUCAACAAAUUCAGUCAUGAUAAGAGGGUUUGCCAAUCCCCAGGUCCCACAACAUGUUCACAUUUGGUUGACUCCAUUAAAUAAUAGGAGUGCUGUAAAGUGCUAUCACUGCACUUGAAGGGGCAUACAUAAGAUUCUCCAUCCAUCUACAUACACAUUUAACAACUAUCAUGACAUUAGUAAUUGCUAAUGAUUUUUAUCCUGGUGGCGUUUAUGCCAUUUUCAGGGAUGACUUACUGUGUGUUACAUGGAUUCAAGUUUUAUAUGGACAUUUACCAGGCCUCUUGCAGUGGCUAUAUGGCAUUAUACAUAGAAGCCCUUAUUUAUCCUCCUUCAAGCAAAGUGUUCCAGUGAUACCUGGUAUCUCAAUCCCUCAUUUGCUUUUAGUGUGUUUUGGUCUGGUUAUAUUUUGAGUGUGUGAGGGAUACCAUGGCCUAUGUUUCCUACUGUAUGAAAAGUGUGCUGUGAUAAUGUUUGGUAGUAGUGACACUUCUGUAUUUGUAUGAAGGAACUACUUCCAACAGUUUUGUAAUCGAGGAUAUACUUUAGAUGAACUAUGUGCCAGAAAGCCAACAAAAAUGUCACAAACGUGAUAUGGUAAGACUAAUGUAUAUAUCCUGUCAGAGUAUUACUUGUCAGGUACCCUCUUACAACCCUCUAAGCUACUCCGAGUUAAUGCAUUUAGACAAAAAUUCAUAGGUUGAGCUGAAGGUGCCAUGUUAGGAUUAUGACAAGUUAAAGUUGGCUUUGGGACACAUAACUCAACUGUUACCAGGUGUGUGGUGUGUAACUGUUGAAUCUCAUUAGACAGCCAAGUUUUUGCAUUUAUGUUCGAUAUCUUUUACAAAUCACAGUGGCAAAAUCAAUGUGGGGGUUAGGAGUGGCGAAACCAAUGUCAACAGCCAUUCAUUCCUUUGUACAGUAUUCUGAGGAUUAAGUUGGUUUCAGAUAAGUGGCAAUGUUACUACUGUACACUAGAGAGUUUCAAUGAGCUCUAGAUAGCUUGCCGGGCAGUCUGCAUUGGGUGCAUCUAACAUCAGUUUACCCUACCCAAGUCCUAACCUUAAUCAUGACCUUAGAUCAGUAUCUAAGGGCAACUUCAUCCUACAUGUUGAAGUAACCUGGCAACUUGGACAAGUAAUCAAACCAGCCAUGAUUAAUCAGAGGCGUUGGCGAGACCAUCGCCCUGUGCCGAACCCUGAUUGGAUGACUUCUGGCUGACCUCGGAACCCUCCCAGACCCCUCAGCUCACCAAUAUCUGUAUAGCCCUCCUCUACUCAGUUCACAUCAUGUUUGCUCUGUGCUGCUCCCCAUUGCUUGGUGCUGUGUCUUUGCUGUACAGUGAACUUGCAUUCCAUACAUUAAUAAACUAAAUGAAAAGAG